UCCAGGUUAUAGAGCGCACGUGUGGUUGUAAACGUUCAGCCAUGGCAGGCUCGUUCUCUCAGGAGCUCGAAGAUUUGUUGAAUCCUUUGCCUAAAUUUGCUGAUCCGGAGGACGAUGAUGAUGACGAAGCCACCAAAGCCAGAGUGAUAGACGGGUUCAACGAGAACGAGGACGACGACGAAGAUGGGGUCGCCUCCAGCAGGCUGCGGAAGCACAACUCAACACUGCUGUCAGAGACGGACAGACGGUACGUGGGGAAAACAAUCUCUCGUAAACAGCUGCUGAUGGAUAUUGAGGGAUCUGCUGAGGAUGAUGACGAGGAGGAGGAGGAGGAGGGCAGCAUAGAAGAGGAAGAUGAAGAAGAUGAUUCAGUGGGGGAUGAAGAGGCAGAUGAUGAUGAAAAUUCUUUAGAAGAUGAAGAUGAGGAGGAGUUGUUGGACAGUGAUGCACAGCUAGAUGCCAAAUUGGCAUCUAAGACUAAGGCCUCCAACAUGACCUUUCCUCAGCGAGUGGACUUCCACAAACUGACAGAGGGCAUGGAUGACCUGGGAGUGAGUGAGGAUGAUGAUGACAGUGGUGAGGAGACCGAAGGCAGCGAUGAAGAUGACGGCUCUGAUGACGCCGAUGAAGACGCCGAGGAUGAGGGAACCGUCCGCACGUUUUCUCAAGAGAAAGUAGACGAGGAGGUCGAGAAAGGGAACGCUGUGAGGAACCAGCUGACCCUGUGGGACCAGCUGCUCGAGGGUCGAAUCAAAAUCCAGAAAGCCCUGGUGACGGCCAACCAGCUUCCACAGCCGCAGACGCUCCCAGAGUUCAAGAGGAGGGGUGGAGCAGAGCUCGCGGGGCAGCUGAAGAACACCCACAAAGCCCUGAAGGCUCUUCAGAGAUCCCUGCUGGAGCUGCACGAUCAGCUGCUGUACCAGACUGCAGACACCAGGGCCAUCGCUCUGGGGGAGACGGGGGAAGACGAGGAGUUAAACAGUGACGAGGGUGAAGAGGGGUCAGUGCGGGAGGGUGGCGCACCUAAACGAAAACUGGAGAUGGCAGAGUACCCGGACUUCAUGGCCAAACGUUUCGCGGCUUUCCAGCCUUACAGAAACGCCACGUUGCAGAAGUGGCAUGACAAAACCAGACUGACUGUGGGCAAAAGCAGUAAGGGUUUCGGGGCGUUCGACAGGAACAUACUGACCCAGGUGGAGCAGGUGCUGAUGGACAACGACAGGCUGGUGCGUCGCACCCAAACCCGACGCUCAGAAUACAGGGUCCUGGGGAAAAAAGAGGCUGCUGCUCUCAGCUCUGAGACCGCCUUUACAGAGGGCGACGAGGCGGAACAGCAGCUGAAAGCAAACACGCAUCUGAAGGAUCUGGACGAGGACAUAUUUGACGACGAUGAUUUCUACCAUCAGCUGCUAAGAGAGCUGAUUGAGCGCAAGACGAGUGCUGCGGACCCCAACGAUCAGGUGGCUAUGGGCAAGCAGUGGCUGGCCAUCCAGAAGUUACGCAGCAAAAUCAAGAAGAAGGUGGACACCAAAGCCAGCAAGGGGCGGAAAGUCAGAUUCCACAUCCACAGCAAGCUGGUCAACUUCAUGGCUCCUAUUGAUCACAGCUCAAUGAGCGACGAGGCUCGCAGCGAACUGUAUCGCAGCCUCUUUGGACAGAACACCUCAGGCAGAGUGAUGUGAUGGAGGCACUCGCGUGGAGCAGAUGCAAGCGCAUAAACAACAUAGUGCCUGUUUUCCACAUGUCCAGCAAUGAGACGGAGACCGGACCUUCUCCUCAGAGUGGGCCGACACUUCUGGUGCUCUGGUUCUACAGGAUGUGGACUCGCAGGGCCCCUGCAGUUCUGAAUGAAAACCUUUGUACUGAGCAGCAGUUUCAGAAUGUGUUUUUGUCUACUGACCAGUUUGUAAUUAAAAUAUGUAACGUGAGUGUUUCCACUGAAACAAAGAGCACAGUGACUGUUGUUUGGACUUUAAAGAAAACAAUGCAAGUAUCAUUUAUUCCUUUGUCAAGUUUCUACUUCAAAUGGUUAGGCCUUUUUUAAAAUAGUAAAAAGUCCCAAAAUAUAUGCUGUGUCCCAAUUCCAUAGAAAACAGCAGCUGUAUACAGUUCACUAAUCUUUGUAGAACUGUUUCUGCAGCAGAAAUAAACAUACUUUGCUUUCUGCUAACAGAGAAUGACAGCACUUUCAGCAUCAGACGUCAAACUAUAAUUUAGGAACGUGCCUCCUAAUUAAACUUCACAGUGAGUCGGCAGAAUAUGUUUCAUCACUGUUUCGUUAUCUGCAUGUUUUUUUCCAGCCGUAAGCAGCACCUUCAUUUCCUUAGUGCAUUGUGGGAGACUAAUGUCCAUCAGUAGCACAUAAAAGAAAAUAAAAAUCAAGGUUUUUUCUUUAGUAUGCAUACUGGCUGUAUGCUACUGCUUUAUUUUCUCACUUUUCCAGUGCGAACACACUACAAACCAAAGUCCUGUUUAGAAUUAGUUUGGAUUUUGGGACACAGCUGUAGACUUGAGAUUUUACAUGCAUUGCAGGGUGCAGGACUGAGGUAAUGUUCAGGUUCCUCCACCGGAUCCCUCAACGAGUAUUUGUAACUGAAAAGCAACAUUUUCAGGGUAUCCACAGUGUUUCACCAAGCAGCAUGUUUCUAAUAAAACGUACAGUUAUGAGUAAAACAGAACAUUGAGCAUCGAUUAAAUCCAGACUUAACCAAAAAUUCAUAUUCAUUUUUAAAUCAAAUGCAAGUAACAAAUGUGUCAACUCAAGCAAACAAAGAGUACCUGAGAACUUUAUCAUAAGAAAAAUGUAUACAGGAAGAAAACUCCAUGAAACAACAUUUACAGAGCACGUUUACAUCGGGCAUCUCUUACUUCAUGACGUGUUACAGCUCAAUGCAUUUAUUGACACCAUUUUCAGUGUGUGUGUUCACUUGCUUUAAAUGAAACUUGCAUAC